AUGUCUGAGACGAAAGAUCACGCGCCGUCUACCCAGGCGAAGCAGCGUAGCGGGGGAUCCAACUCGUUCAGUCGUCUGGAGAAUAGCAGCCCAUUCUCAAGGAUAGACCCAACAGCUGCCGAUUCGACGGAAGCUAUACAAGGUACUUCGGAGAACGCGGUAGGCUCAGCUGGGCCCGGGAUGACAGAGGCGACAGGGGAUGUCUUUGAAAAGAAGGAUUCCGAUCCGUCACAUGGAGAUGGUGAGGACGCAGAACCUGUUAUUGGACAGCUGCCUGUUGAGCUCCCAGAGCAGUUUAUCGCCUCUCUUAGUGCCAAAACGUACACCACCCCUCCGUCAAUAGAUACACUCUCCGAUUUGUUUCAAGAGUUCUACCUCCGUGCGGGCUCACAUAUUGCAACACACGUCUCCACUUUAGCAUCACGGCUACAUCGUGAUAGCUCGACUUCUUCUCUCCAGUCACAGGCCUCCAAGUCCUCAAGGCGUCCCCCAAGCUCCAAUGGCCCACAAAAGGAUACACCUGAGCAACAGAUGCUCACAGCUGAAGAGGUUGCGGAAAGACGAAAGGCACGAAAGCUACUCCAGUUCAAGCAGCACGCUCUUGAGGAAGCCGUUGAACGGAGGGCGUGUGAAACCAUAUACGACAAGAUAUGGCGACACCGGAGUACAAUAGAUGACGUUCGAGACGAGAAGCUACGGUCAAAAACGGCGGCAUUACUGGUAAUGGGGAUUGAGCUGAAGGACCUGGGAGUGGAUAUCUCCAAGCAAGGCGCUGGGAAAACGGUAGACCCAAAGGAAUGCGUUUCCGCAGCUCGUCAGUGCUUGAUACGGAUGAACGACGAGAAGUUCCCUCUCGGCAAACUCCAACUCAUCGUAGCGGCGCACAAGGCGAUUGUAGAUGCCUUGACGAACAUACUCCCGUCCUCGUCCUCAGCAGACGAGAUCCUCCCUACGUUAAUAUAUACCCUAAUCCUCUCGCCACCAGAGGGGGUCAAUAUCAUCAGCAAUCUCAAUUUCAUACAGAGGUUCAGAGCAUCAAAUAAAGUCGACGGUGAGACAGCCUAUUGUCUUACGAACUUAGAAGCCGCUAUCGAUUUCCUAGAGAAUGUUGAUUUAACUAGCCUUCGUAUGGAAGAAGGCCGGACACCGAUUGACCAGCCUGACAUGAGUCUCCUAUACCCUACACCUCUGGAUUCUAACUCAAGUGAAGCCCACGAGAAAAGUCCGUCUACUGCCUCACUUGCCACUAGCACCUUACCCUCUAACUCGGAUACAAGACCCCCUCCAUCUACUCACCCUUCCGCCCAGCAACGACUGUCCGACUUACUCCAACCUCCUGCAAAAGCCCUUGGAGCGGCAAAUGAUAUUGUGCGAAGUACCGCCGAUCAGGGCUUGAAAACCAUAAGCAGUACGUUGGACAACAGUUUCACCUUCUUGUUCGGAAGGUUGAAAGAAGUCCAAAUCUCUCAGGGUGAUAGUGAUCAGCGUGUCACACCCAUUGUUCCCAAAACACUUGACGAUGCGCGGAAGCUUGUACAGGUUAAAGCCAGUCCUAUGCUUCCAGAUGACGCUAUCAGUGAAGACGGGUCGAUAAAGGAGGACCGCACGCCCACGCCUACUCCCUCUAUUUCAUCAAGACAGCCCCUCGACGACCGGCUAGCUGGUUUGGUCGCCGGCCGAAGACGGCCAGGCAUAACUCGACGUGACUCUAGUACCAAUCGGUCCGAUACAAAGGCAACUGAUAACCCUAUCGCGCCAACCGGCGCACCACCCGCUUCAUCCAGCGCCAGUGCUGCAAACGCGGGGUUCGGAUCCGUUAGAGGUUUUGGUACCUCGUUGAAUCCGCUCAGUCAUAUACCUAAUAUGAUUCGUGGUCUAGGUCGAGCCCCUGAGCCCACUACUGUAGCUUCCAGUCAUAUCACCAGCACCAGAACACCAGGCCCUUCGUCCACGACAAAAGGAGCCCCUGCUAUUCAAAAGUUCUUGGAUAUGAGUGAUGCCUCCGAGUUAAAGCUGGGAGAUGUACCCGAGCUACUGGAGGAUUAUAAACGGCUAGCAACCAUGUUGAAAGCUCAACAAAAUAAUAGCUAA